AUGGCUGAUAGGAUCAGUAAUUUGCCAGACUCAAUAGUUUCUCACAUUCUAUCUUUUGUUCCAACCAAAGAAGUUGUUGCAACCAGUGUUCUCUCCAAACGCUGGAACAUUCUAUGGCGUUCAGUUCCCUCUUUCGAUUUUGAUUACAAUCACACAGAUAUUUCUUCUGACAAAGUCGAAGAGGCAUACUCUCAUUUUCUUCACUCAGUAUACUCUUUUUUGCUUUGGCGUGAUAUGGACCAACCCCUCCGUAGAUUUCGCCUCAGAUGUUAUUUUAUGCAUCCUUUAAAUAUCGAAACAUGGAUUAAGGUUGCAGUGAGUGGAAGUGCUAAGGUUCGACACCUCGAUCUCGAUAUGAGUUGUGUCCUACCCUCUGUGGUCUUUAGCUGCAAAACUCUUGUAGUUCUCAAAUUGACCAACCUAACAGUGGAAGAUAUUUGCUUUGUUGACUUGCCCUUGCUUAAGAUCUUGCAUUUGAAUCAUCUUCGUUUAUUAAAAGAUCUAGAUCUUUCAAAUCUUCUCUCUGGGUGUCUUAAUCUUGAGGACAUGGAAGUCAAGAAUUUGGUUUGUGAAAGUAAAGGAACGUUUAACAGAUUGCCCAAGUUGGUUAGGGCCAGCAUCCAUGAACAUUUACUUCCAUUGGAGAUUGUUAAGGAUGUUGAAGUUUUGUUCAUAGACUGGAUAUAUCAAAGAAAUCUGGCUUUUGACUUUCAGAAUUUAGUUCAACUUGAAUUGAUGGUGCAACUUAGCAAGGAUUGGCAUGUGGUUUUGGAAGUUCUCAAGCAUUGUCCCAAGCUCCAAACUCUUGUCAUUUGCAUUUUUAAGAUCAGUCUUAAUUUGGAUUUUGCGGGCCAUGAAGAAGUAGUUUUGCCAUACCCAGAGCCUGUUCCUGCAUGCAUUUUAUUACACCUUAAAACCUGUUCUCUUAAAGAUUACAGUGGCUCCAUAGACGAGUUUCAAUUCGCAAGAUAUAUUAUGGAGAAUGCAAAAUAUCUCCGGACAAUGACAAUUUGCACUGGCAAUGAUGCUGAUAAUAAUACUCAUGGAGAAAAACUUGAUAUGGCAAGAGAAUUAUCGUCUUGCAUGAAGAGCUCAAAUACUUGUACACUUUCAUUUGAAUAG